AGCCAAAGGAGGAAGAAGGAAGGAGGAAGAAGGAAGAAGGAGCAAGCUGAAACUCGGAAUUCCAACUCAGUGAGUUUACUCAUUGAGUUUCAUUGCAUUUAUUCAGAGUGACUGAAAGAAAAACGAGACAUGGGCGAGUCAAGUGACUCAGUAUCCAUUGAUAUUGACAUGGUUCCUUUUGGAGGGAAGGAGUUUUUGGUGAAAACAAGUAGAGGUUCUUUAUCUGUUUUUGUAUGUGGUGAUCAAGAGAAGCCUGCUUUGAUAACUUACCCAGAUGUUGCUCUUAACUACAUGUCUUGUUUCCAAGGCCUAUUCGUUUGCCCGGAUGCAGCUUCUUUGUUGCUUCAUAACUUUUGCAUUUACCACAUUGAUGCCCCAGGGCAUGAGUUAGGAGCUAAUGUCAUAUCUUCAGAUGUUCCAUUGCUUAGUGUGGAUGACUUAGCCGAUCAGGUUGCAGAAGUGCUUGAUUUCUUUGGGCUGAAAAGGGUUCUAUGCUUGGGUGUAACAGCUGGUGCAUACAUACUUACACUGUUUGCAAUGAAAUAUAAAGAGCGAGUGCUUGGAUUAAUUCUUGUGUCUCCUGUUUGUAAAUCUCCUACAUGGGCUGAAUGGCUUUACAACAAGGUGUUGAUGAACUUGUUAUACUUCUAUGGUAUGUGUGGUAUAUUAAAAGAAUGCCUUCUUCAGCGCUAUUUUAGUAAGGAACUUAGAUCCAGCGUGCAUGGUACAGAAUCUGAGAUCAUCCAAGCUUGUCUAAAAUUGCUGGAUGAAAGGCAAAGUCUGAAUGUUAUGCGCUUUCUUGAAGCAAUUAAUAAGAGACAUGACCUUACUGAUGACUUGAAGAAAUUGCACUGUAAGACUCUUAUUUUUGUUGGUGAAAGCAGUCCAUUCCGCACAGAAUCUGUGCAUAUGAGUGCCAAAAUAGGAAGAAAGAAUUGCACUCUCGUUGAGGUUAAAGCAUGUGGCUCAUUGGUAACAGAAGAGCACCCAUUGGCCAUGCUCGUUCCAAUUGAGUUCUUUCUGAUGGGGUUUGGUUUUCACAGACAACCACAUUUUGCUACAUCUUCUAGCAAUGGUUCAAACCCUUCCAGCCCAUCAAGCCAUUCCUGCAUAGCUCCUGAACUUCUUUCUCCUGAGGGUCUAGGGAUCAAGCUUAAACCCAUCAAAACCCGUGCAGAUAUUGAAAUUUGAUGAAGAGCUAACCACCUUGAAGCUUUUAUUAGUUUUACACACAUCUGAUGUAACACACCCGGAGUAGGAUUUGACUUUGGCUUCUUCCAUCAGUUUGUAGAAUACCUUUGAGGUAGCGUAUUCUUUCAUUGUGUUGGUGGGAUAAGGUUUUUGGUGUUCAUUGAUAUGUUAAUUUUGAUUGUAGAUAAAAUUGAUGAUCAUUCUUUCGAUAGGAAGAUUCAUUUUGUAUUAUGUAUAAAUGUUGUACACACUAAAACUUGGGGGAUCAAGGUCAUGUAUCUGAUGCAAAACUUCAGAGUAGGAUUUGACUUUUAGCUCAUUCUGUCAUUGGUUCAGCAUUAAUAUAAUCAAGCUUUCUAAUA